CCUUAACACUCGGUCUAGAUAUACUAUGUCUAUGAUCGAAACCAGUUCUGUCCUGUGUCCUGUGGCUGUUGCUGCCAGCUGCCACAUGCUAGUCUCUCUGGGUCUCUAGGUAUUUUGAUAUGGUUGGAACACAGAUUUGAAGUUGCUUGUUAAAUGUAUUAUACAAACUAUCACGUGGAAAGAUGAAGAAAAGAUUUGAUGAUAAUCUCGCUAGUGAUAAGCAGAAAUGGUACGAAGAAUAUCAGAAGACAGAAAAACCUUGCAAACAUUCCGUAUCGGAAAUCGAUGUAUUGCGUUUGAAAGAUGAGGGAAAGAAGUUUUUGGAUGCAGAGACUGCCACUUUUCAAUUAAAACAAUCCAAGUCGCGUGACUCGGAGAUGAAGUGGUUGAGAACGGCGUUGCAACAAGGUACUACCUCGGAUAAAAUAGCAGCCAGUAUAGUACUGGUGCAGGAUAAUCCAAAAUAUAAUUUGGGUCGUCUGACGUCUCUGGUGUCUCAAGUGCGAGGGGCCAAACACAAUCAAUGCGGCAUGGUCAUCAUGUCUCUGAAGGAACUCUUUCUGGCUGACCUGUUACAUCCCAAAUUUAAGUUGUUUAAGUUGGAAGAACAAGAUCUAGACAAGCUCGAUAUAGGAAAUGGAUCAGACUCCAUUGUCAAGACAAAUGCCUCUAGAAAUAGACUAUUAGCACAUUGGUACUUUGAAGAUCAACUUCGCCAGCAAUAUGAAUGUUUUGUAUUAAAUUUGUCCCUGGUGGCUUCUGAUACAGUAGAUACAAAUCGCGAGAAGGCUAUAUCUGCAAUGACUGAUUUGUUGAUAGGUAACGCCGAACAGGAACAUAAGCUGUUAGAACUGCUGGUAAAUAAAAUUGGCGACCCACAGAGCAAAGUUGCAUCUAAAGCUGUAUUUUGUAUCAAUAAGUUAUUAUAUGAGCAUCCAAAUAUGAAGCUUGUAAUUCUGCGUGAAGUCGAGAAGUUGCUGUUUAGAAAAAAUGUGGCCCAACGUACUCAAUAUUAUGCUAUAUGCCUAUUGGUGCAAUUCGCUUUGGAUAAAAACGAUGAUAUAAUAGCUGCUACGCUGAUAGAAGUGUAUUUUGCAUUUUUCAAAGCAUGUCUGAAGAAAGGAGAACCUGAUAGUAGGAUGAUGGCAGCGAUUCUAAUGGGUGUUAAUAGAGCGUAUCCUUUUGCCAAAGUAGACUCGAAAAUAUUAAACGAACACAUUGAUUCUGUCUACAAAGUGGUACAUCUUGGAUCAUUCAAUGUUUCUCUAAAUGCGCUUAAUUUGUUGCAUCAAAUUAUAGGCAGAGACGAAUCUCAAGCAAACAGAUUUUAUUCAGCUUUUUACAAAAAGUUAUUUGAUCGACAGAUAGGAAUAGCGAAUAAACGCGCGAUAUUCCUUAACUUGUUGUAUCGAGUUCUUCAGAAAGAUCAAAGCAUAAUACGUUUAUAUGCUUUUAUUAAAAGAAUCUUGCAAAUUACUUUCUACUUUUCUGCAAAUAUGGCGUGCGCUAUAUUGUAUAUUGUCUCAAAAGUUCUUCAAGGACGCAAAGAUCUAAAACAUAUGUUACUUGAACCACAAAGAAUUAUUAAAAUCGAAAACGAUGUAUGUGAAAUAAACGACAGUCUAUCAGAUGUAGAGGAGGUUUGUGUAAUAGAUAAAACUAAAAAUGAAGAGAAUUCCAUUAUGUUAUCGAAUAUCACGAUUGGCGCAGACAAUGCAUCGGAAACGAAGUCUGAUAUAAAGGAGGAAACAGAUAUAAAAGUUGACAUGCAAAAUUUAAAAGCAUACGAUCCUUUCUGCCGUAAUCCGCUCUAUGCGGGAACAAUCAAAGGAUUUAAUACUGAGCUCGAAGCAUUGUCUAGACAUUUUCAUCCGAGUGUCGCUUUAUUUGCAAAUCAGAUUAUUCAAGGAGAACCGAUUAAGUACACAGGCGAUCCACUAGAGGAUCUGACAUUGAUUCGAUUCUUGGAUCGAUAUGUCUUUAAAAAUCCAAAGAAGCUGGAUGACAAAAAGAUGCAGAGAAAAAACGAUCCCUUGGCACAACGCGCCGGAUACAUACCUAAAGGUAUACGCUCUUUGCCCGUCGAUAGCAUGGCGUAUCUCAACGAGGCGGAGGAGCGAAUACCAGUGGAUGAGUUAUUCCUCUAUCAAUAUCUAAAGAAGAAAAACGAGAUAAAGCAGCAUGUUAAACAAAAAGAUGAUGAUAAUGAAGACGUAGAAAGCGUUAAUAGCGAGGAAUUCAAUGAUAUGCUGGAUCGUAUGGGCAACGGUCAAGAUUUUGACGAUUUAGACAUUGCGGCGAAUAUCGUAUCCAAGAAGAAGAAAAAAGGCAAAAUAGAUGAAGAUUUUGAUGACAAUGAGGACGAUAAUGACGAGGACAGUGAUGAUCAAUCUCAAGAUGAUGAUAUUGUCGAUAAUGAUGAUAUAUCGGAAGAUCUUGAUGAAUACAAUAUCGCAGAUGACGAGUUGCAAGAUUUAAGCGAUAUUGAUCUUGUAGACAUAGAUAAUGAUGAAGAUUUGAGCGAUAUGGAGUUUAACAAUUCAGAUGAUGGAGAGGUUUUAGAUGAUGAAUUAAUUCCCGGUUUGAGUAGAAAGUUGUUGGCGAAAAAUUCGAAAAGCAAGGAGAAGAAAAAGGGGAGAGGGAUCGACAGCGAUAUAUUUGUGUCGGCAGAGAAAUUCGCUGAGAUGCUGGAAGAACAAAGCAAAACGAGGGGAAAACACGGCAGUAGUAACGCUUUUAACAGCAGCGAUGGUGCUAGCGCUAAACAAAUAGAUUGGGAAAUAAAACGGCACCAACGGUUGAAAGGGUCAUUUAGUAAAAACAAGCGAAAGUCUGCCCAAUUUAACAAUAAACAGAUUAAAAGAUCCAAACGAUAAAUAUAUAAUAAACACAUUUUAUAGAGAUAACUUCGUUUACAUUCAAUUUACAAUAAACCUUUUUUUCCGUUUACUCUAUAUUGAUAUUAUGAAUAAUACAGAACAAGCUGAGGACGACGAACACUUAUUCAUUAUAAUUAUUUGCAUAAUAGCACUUUUAUCGUUUAAAACUUUUAAAUUCAAUCUCAUGUCUAUUACCUCGCUAUAUAUAUUAUUUCGUGAUAGCGUUUAUAAUAUAUUCUUUUUUCGUUAUUAACGUAAAUUGAAUUUUUGAUAUAUUCAAGAUAAUUCAAAUAACGAAAUGCAAUAUUUUAAUACAAACAAUAAGUCUUCUUUGAAUAAUAAUGAUAUUAAAUUAUUAUUUUUCCAAGCGAUUUUUAGUUGUGUGUGUAUAUGUGAGAAAUAUUAAACUAUAAGUUAAAUAAAACUAAAUGAUCGUCAUUUUUAACAAUUUUUCUUGACGAUAUUUUCAUUGGAAAACGUGGUCUUCCAAUUGGUGUGUUAUCCAGAUUUAUAAAUUUAAAACUUAUAUAAAUGGUAAAUAUGAGAUUUUUUUCUUUCAAUUCAUGUUUCUAUAUAAUAUAAUGUAAUAUAGGAAGAAUUGCAGAAAAUUUAAAAAAAAAAAAAAA